GUAGAGGGCGGCAUAUUUUCUGUAAAGGCCAAUUUUGCAAGUGUCCCUAACGGCUUCCCGUCAGCUACGUACCAUCCCGGAAGAUUUACCUUUCUCCUGACACGUAGCAACCGAGUUGGCAAGACUUUGGGUAGAUUUGUCAAACAACACAGAGUUAGAGAUGUCAGGGUUUGACAAUUUCAACACAGACUUUUACCAGUCCAGCUACAGUGUAGAUGACCAAAGCCAGGGUGGCUAUGGCUACAGCAAUACUGACAACCCCUACAACAAGCAAUACGGUCAGUAUGAUUACUCCCAGCCCAUGGGCUACUCUUCCCCCGGGAUGAUGCAGCCCCAGCAGCCAUACACAGGACAAAUCUUCCAGCCCACACAGACCUACACUCCAUCUUCAUCACAAUCCAUGUAUAGUAGCAGCUUCGAUGAUGAGCCGCCACUGCUAGAAGAAUUAGGAAUCAACUUUGACCACAUCUGGCAGAAGACUCUGACGGUACUCCAUCCAAUGAAGGUAGCAGACGGCAGCAUCAUGAAUGAGACAGACCUGGCUGGCCCCAUGGUUUUCUGUUUGGCUUUCGGAGCAACACUUCUCCUGUCAGGCAAGAUCCAGUUUGGCUAUGUGUAUGGCAUCAGCGCAAUCGGCUGCCUCGGCAUGUACUGCCUACUCAACCUAAUGAGUAUGACGGGAGUCUCCUUCGGCUGUGUGGCCAGCGUGCUGGGAUACUGCCUCCUCCCAAUGAUCCUCCUCUCCAGCUUUGGAGUGCUCUUCUCUUUACAGGGCAUGUUGGGAAUUGUACUAACGGCAGCAAUCAUUGGCUGGUGCAGUUUCUCAGCUUCAAAGAUCUUCAUCUCGGCGUUGGCCAUGGAUGGGCAGCAGCUGUUGGUUGCUUACCCCUGUGCUCUCCUGUAUGGGGUUUUUGCACUCAUCUCCGUCUUCUAAAAAAAGUAUCAUUCAAUAACACUUUAAAAUAACUGCCCCACAGUUUCUGUAAUUUCAGUCUAAUUAACAUCAGUGUAAUUAGGGUAAUUAUUGGCUAAUUAUACUGUUAUUACAGAAUAAUGGGAGCUCCUGUCUAAAACAGCACCAAGAGGAUUUUUUUUUUAUGUUUUUCUUUUAUAAGCCUCCACCUCUCACUAAAUUGUGAUUUGACCAUCUGCAGGCUGGAGUGUAUUGUCUCAUUAAAGUGUUCUCUUCACUUUGCUCCACUUUCAUAUGUCUUAAAGGAGAGGACUGUAAAAUAAACCUGGUGAAAAUAACUUGUGUGCGGACCAUGUCAAGCCUCAAACAACCUUCUACAGUCCUUUGAUUUUAAGGAUGUAAAGAGGAAGGAAGGGAGCAACUAGUUCACGCAAUAGAUACCCAUGGGAACAGUAGAAUUUGGACACAGAUGAGAAAAUGUUGUCAUUUUCCAAGAAGGACCCAACCCUCAGCCAAUCCUGAAGCCCAGUCUGGAGCCAGUGGAAACACCAGGUGUUAUAGUUUUUCCAAAAGCUGUUGUGAGCCGUUUGUGGCAAACACCCCCAGAUUCUACAGCUGCAAGACUAUGGGAAACACUCUCUUUGCUUCUGCACAAGACUAUAGUAGCUCAUUCUCUUUCUCCACCCAGAAAGGGUGAAGGAAAGUGGGGAUAUUGUGCUGUUUAUUUGUUUUGUUUUUUUUUGUUUUCCUGGACCGAGGAACCGCAAGUCUCAUUUGCUCAUGGCAGCAGUGAUCUGAUUCUUGAUGUAUAAAGGACACCUGUGCUACCCUUAUCAUUUUAUUAUAUUCUCUUGAAAUUCAUUUGAGUUUUAAUGCCUUUCAGUAAGACAAAACAGUUUGCACAUCGCAGCAUUGUUUCUAAUAUUCAAAAACAAACUGAUUUGAUAAGAUAUUCGGAAUUAAUAGAUCGAGAGAUUCUGUAUAUUUCUAGGAGCACACAUGGCUCUAUAGGUUGUUGCUAUAGUUUGCAUCCUUUACGUCUCUUAAGCCUUUGUUUUGCAGUCGACUCACUUCAUAUGCUUUGAUGUGUCAUCUGUUGUUCCUGUCUUCUUGUGCACAUUAAAGUUGUCUAAGAAGGUCA